UCACUUGUUAAACGCAUGCAGUUGCGACUUUGGUGCCCGGCGAGCAGACCUAAAAAAGGGGAAGCGGGACGACAACCACUCAGAGCUCGGCAAUCUCAACGAGUAUGCCCUAUGUGCGGAGUAGACAACGCAGAUCGGAGUCCGGGUCCAAGUCAGUCCAGUUUUGAACACGAACACGGUCGCAAUGUCUCCGGAUCGCCACGCCAGUCCCAAUGCACUGCUCCCAUUGGUAAUCGCAGGCGCCCUGCUUUUCUCGAUGCUGGCUCAGGUGAGCGGCUACUCGGGCCUAAUUCCACCGGAUCCAGAAAAUCCUGGCAAAUGCGUUUACCGUGGAGACAGCCUGGAGUUGGGGGUCAAAACUGGCAUCACGCCCUGCCAACGGUUAACGUGCAACAAGGAUGGCUCAAUAUUUAUCGAGGGAUGCGGAAAGCUGCGCAUCGAAAACUGCAAUCACGGCGAACGCAUCCAGCCCAGCGAUCCCUUCCCCGAAUGCUGCAAACUGAGAUACAAAUGCACACGGAUCGGUGCGGCGCCCUACUAUAUCGAGCGGAAUACGGCCGAAAGGGUCUAAGAGGACUACCGGGGAUUACCUAGAUUACCUGCCCGGAUUGAACGACCGGGGGAGCCCCACCAAAGCCAAGGACGCCUUCAAUCUUUCUUAGAUGCCACAUACAUAUAAUCAACAAUUUGCUAAUUUAUUUGUCAUCUUGAAUUUCUCAAUAAGCACCAUGUUUUGUUUUUUUUAA